CAGCCUCCCGGCCACCCGGACGGAGGGGCGCCUGCCCUGCGAGGUCAGGACGGACGGAGCUGGACUUGCCUUCGGGGACCUGGCAGUGCCUUCGGUCAGGCGUCUUGCUUGUGCUUCUAAGCAGAAAGAAACUCGACGGCCGGGCCAGUGAGUAUUCUUGUGCUAGUUCCUGAAAAUGGGCCCAAUAGGUGCAGAGACUGAGGAGAACCAGACAGUGGAAGAAAUGGAGCAGUAUGACCCAGGGCAGACCACUCCUAGAGGUGAGCUGGCCCCUGACCCUAAGCCAGAGCUUAGAGACAGCACCAAGCUGAUGGAGGUGCAGAUUGUCCUCAUCUUGGCUUAUUGCUUCAUCAUCUUGCUUGGGGUGAUUGGCAACUCCUUGGUGAUCCAUGUGGUAAUCAAAUUCAAGAGCAUGCACACAGUAACCAACUUUUUCAUCGCCAAUCUGGCUGUGGCAGACCUUCUGGUGAACACCCUGUGCUUGCCAUUCACUCUUACCUACACCUUAAUGGGGGAGUGGAAAAUGGGUCCUGUCCUCUGCCACUUGGUACCCUAUGCCCAGGGCCUGGCAGUACAAGUGUCCACGAUCACCUUGACAGUAAUUGCUCUGAACCGGCAUCGUUGCAUCGUCUAUCACCUGGAGAGCAAGAUCUCCAAGCGAAUCAGCUUCCUGAUCAUUGGCUUGGCCUGGGGCGUCAGUGCCCUGCUAGCAAGCCCCCUGGCCAUCUUCCGUGAGUACUCACUGAUUGAGAUUAUCCCUGACUUCUCCAUUGUGGCCUGUACGGAGAAGUGGCCGGGUGAGAAGAGCGUGUAUGGCACUGUCUACAGUCUUUCCUCCUUACUGAUCCUGUAUGUUUUGCCUCUAAGCAUCAUAUCUUUUUCCUACGCGCGUAUCUGGAGUAAACUUAAGAACCAUGUCAGCCCUGGAGCUGCUAAUGAUCACUACCAUCAGCGAAGGCAAAAGACCACCAAAAUGCUGGUGUGCGUGGUGGUGGUGUUCGCGGUCAGCUGGUUGCCUCUCCAUGCCUUCCAACUCGCUGUGGACAUUGACAACCAAAUCCUGAACUUGAGGGAGUACAAGCUCAUCUUCACCGUGCUCCACAUCAUUGCCAUGUGCUCCACCUUUGCCAACCCCCUUUUCUAUGGCUGGAUGAACAGCAACUACAGAAAGGCAUUCCUCUCCGCCUUCCGCUGUGAGCCCAGGUUGGACACCAUUCACUCAGAAGUGUUCGUGUCAUUCAAGGCUAAAAAGAACCUGGAAGUAAAGAGGAAAUAUGGCCCCAAUGGCUCAUUCACAGAGGCAACCAAUGUCUGAGGAAGCUGUGGUGUGAAAAUGUGUGGAUGAAUUCUGCCCAGAGCUAUAAAUCUGGGUGGGGACGGCGCCCAGGUGCAUCCUGAUUUCCCAUUUUUAAGAAGAAAAAGAGCAUCUGAAUGGAUGCUCUUUGGUGUCAUUCACGGAAAACGCAUUGGCAGAGCCGAGGUGAAAACACACCUAUUGGAAGAUAGGACAACGAAGCAUUUCACAUACAGUUGUAUGGCUGGAAGGUGGAAUUACGGAAAUGCUCGUGACAGUUUCCCAGAGUGAAGGAAACCUGAACAAGGAACUGGCGUUGUCAGCAUCGCUAAAAGGUGGUGGCUAAAUAAAUUGACUUUCAAAUCACACUGGGGAGUAGGUUGGGGAUGAUGUAUAAUUAACUGCUCUCCCCUCCUCUGAUGAAAAGAUGACCAAACACCAAUUUCCCUAGGGAGCCACAGGCUCUCUCUCCUUUAUUGUAUUUUGUGUGUGUGUCUGUUUUAAUGAAUCUUCCUAUAGAUUAAAUCCACUAGGAAAUGCUGCAGGUAAUUGUUACCACCGAAUUGUAGGACUUCAAGGAAGUAAACGGAAAUUUGCCAUAUAACUAGUGUUUUGGAAAAUGACGGGGAAAUUCUUAAUGCUCAGCUAGCUGAUUUUUCUUAAAACCAAAUGCACGUUUAGUGAAAAGUUGCUUCAACUCAGAAUCAAAGGUUGAAGUUCUCAGAAUUAUGGAAAUGUAAACCAUCAUUUGACUUCUCAUUUAAGUUGUCCCUGCUUUCUAUAUAUAGAUACCAUUAGGACAACCAAUA